AACUCCCCUUGCGUUCCCUUCCCUCCCUCCCAUAACAAGUGGGCUCCUAAGUCUAGUGAAGAAAUUGAAGCAUUAAUUAGGGGUUGGUUUAUCAUUAGUUAUGCUCAAUCCCAGUGAUGAUCACCGGUGGGUGCAGUUCUACCAGCAGAUAAUUGAUUCCCAAGGAUCAGAUCAGGCCUCCUCUGCUGCAAUUAAUCCCGGUGAGAGUACUGAAUUUAUCGACACCACUACCGGCCCUGGCGAUAAGUCGAUCCAGAAGGUGUUUUCAGGCUCCCCUAAGAGGGGUGGCAGCCCAGGCCUAUCGCCGAAGCCCAUAAGGAGGAGGUCCAGAGCCUCGAAGAGGACCCCCGCCACGGUCCUCAAUGCUAACACCAACAACUUCAGGGCACUGGUGCAGCAGUUCACCGGCUGCCCUAGCACCGCCAUUUCGUUUAAAGGCCCCGUUAACUUGAGCUUCAGCAACUACCAACCACAAGACCGUGCGGCUGCAUCCGCUCUUAACAACUACCCCUACAGUAAUCAUACCGCUUCUUCUUUUUCUUCGGCUUCGGUUUCACUAUCAGCUUCCUAUGGGCAGCAGCAGUCGGGAUUAGCUGCUCAACUGCAGCCUGAGAGUACUAAUUAUUACCCUCAAAGAGGAAGCAGCGUGUUCUCAUUCAUGAGCAACGACGUUGCAGGGACGACUGCUACCACAAAUGGAUUUGUUUCGGGCCAGAUCAGCACGAUGGAAUUGGAGACAGCCAUGAGCCUUGACGAAGGCUUUGCUGCCAUGGACAGUAGCAACAUGUCCGUGCAUGGGCUGCCUACUACGUCUCCAAACUCUUUCUCGUGGGGAUGAUUACGAUCACGAGUCACCAUACAGACCGAGUCUAGGCUACACAUCGAUCGGAUUUGUUUGAGAAAUUCAUUAAGAAGGUUGGAAGGAACCCUCUUCGAUGUAGCACGUAUUACGUAGCUCAGUUAAUUAAUUAAUUCUAGAAGCUCAUCUCUCAAUGCUCAUAAGCCUUGUAUACAUUAAUUUCUCAAUACCCCACUGGCUGGUUUUAUUAGUUAGCACACAUUAAGAUGGGUAGUUCUUGCACGAUCCCUUGCAUCAUUCAAAAACUAGAGAUGUUGCAGGUAGCUAGCUAGCUAGCACAAAUGCAUACAUAUGUAUAUUCAUUUUCGAUAUUGCUUAUUAUUAAUUAUCAUCUCCAUAGUAUAAUGAUUUAAUUAUACGGCA